CAAGUAAACAGCAGUGCUUUAGCAGAGCUUCGCUGUUCUCUCUCAUCUCACUGGCCCUCUCUCAUGGCAAUCAACGCUGAUGUUGAAGAUUGGGCUGGCGUCGGUAGCAGUGACUCAGGAGAACGAGCAUGGCUCCUGCAGAGCCCCAGCGUGGAUUCUGCCCGGCACCCGGAAGAAGACGAGCGGAGCCCUGGUGUGUCGCCGUAUGCCGCCGUGUUCAUCGUGGUGAACGCAGCCCUGGGUGCGGGGCUGCUCAACUUCCCUGCAGCCUUCAGCAUGGCUGGGGGAGUGACGGCAGGAGUGGUUCUUCAGAUGUUGAUGCUCAUCUUCAUCAUCAGUGGGCUUGUGAUCCUUGGCUACUGCUCUCAGGUCAGCAAUGAAGCCACUUAUCAGGAGGUUGUUCGAGCCACUUGUGGGAAAGUCACAGGAAUCCUCUGUGAAUUAGCAAUUGCUAUCUACACGUUUGGCACAUGCAUCGCUUUCUUCAUUGUGAUUGGAGACCAGCUGGAUCGUUUAAUUGCUGCAGUGGCUCAUGAAACAGAAGGCUCGCCUGACAGCCCCUGGUACACAGACAGGAAGUUUACCAUUGUCAUCCCUGCCGUUUUGGUUAUUCUGCCUCUGUCUAUUCCCAAAGAGAUCAGUUUCCAGAAGUAUGCCAGUGCUCUGAGUGUGAUGGGAACUUGGUAUGUUACCAUUGUGGUCAUUGUGAAGUACAUCUGGCCAGACAAAGACAUGAAACCAGACCCUGGUCCAGCCACUUCUGCUUCCUGGACUGCUGUUUUCAAUGCAAUGCCCACAAUAUGCUUUGGCUUCCAGUGCCAUGUAAGCUGUGUGCCGGUGUUUAACAGCAUGAGGAGAAAGGCGAUCAAACCGUGGGGACUUGUCGUGACACUCAGCAUGAUAAUCUGCCUGUUUGUCUACACAGGAACAGGUGUCUGUGGCUUCCUGACUUUUGGCUCCAGUGUGGAUCAGGAUGUGUUGAUGUCUUACCCUCCUGAUGACAUUGCUGUAGCCAUCGCCAGGGCUUUCAUUGUGAUCUGUGUGGUCACUUCCUACCCUAUUUUGCACUUCUGUGGCAGGGCUGUUAUAGAGGGACUCUGGCUGCGUUUCCGAGGCGAGCAGGUGGAGGUGUGCGUCCGCCGUGAGCGAAGGAGGAGGAUCCUGCAGACGCUGGUGUGGUUCAUCAUCACCCUCAUCCUCGCCCUCUUCAUCCCAGAUAUCGGGCGUGUCAUCUCACUAAUAGGAGGACUGGCAGCCUGUUUUAUCUUUGUGUUCCCAGGUUUGUGUUUGAUGCAAGCCAAACUUUCAGAGACGGAGAGUCGAACUGCGAGCUGGCAUGGAUUGGUCAUCCUCGGCAUUACCAUGGUUACGCUUGGAGCUUUUAUCUUCGGCCUCACCACUUCCAACUCCAUCUAUCAGGACGUUGUAAACUGAAGGGGACACAGUUUUCCUCAAUAACAAGGAGAACUCAGAACGGUGCUGCUAAUCUGGAACGCUGCUCCAUUCACUAAGAACUGGGCGUUUGGUCAGCUGACCAUAAUGCCAAUUGAGCUUUUAUUUUUCUCAGUUUUAAAGACUUUUUUUAUUUUUGACAUCUUCCUUCUUCCUAGAGGAAAACAGACUUUACUCUGUGUAUGGACAUUGCACCAAUAAUUAUAUCCUGUACAGUUUACAAGACCAGAAAGACUCUGAUAGGAGGGUUUUAUGAUCAAAUGAAUUUUAUUUAUGGAAUUGUACCGAUUUAUGGGUUUUAUCCAGCAUGUCGUAACAAAAAUAUUACAAUGUUUCCUUGCUCUGGUCUAUAAUCAAAUCCAGGUAAAUCAUGUGAAAGAUAAAGCAAUAUGUGCAGAGGUUAAACCUGAAUCAGCCAAAGUUGAACUGUGGAGGCAAGACUAAGAUGUUUUAAAUGUGCAAAAUCAUUUAUGUAGACUUUCUGUUUUGUUUUGGGGUUGUUUUUUUUACUUUGGGUUACACUUGCACAAUUAAGGAAAAACACUUGAAUUUAAAGUUGUCCGUGUUCUCAGGAAGGCUUUAAAGGUUCUGUUUAAAGUUAGUUUUCACAUUGUUCUGUGGUUUAAAACUAUUUAAUCAAGUGAACAAGUAUUUCACAGGUUAAUGCACAACUAGUUAACAUGCAGAGGGCAUUUAAUACUUAUCUUUGGGGGUGAGUUGGACACCCCUGCCUUUUAAUUUCAGAGGUAAAUCAGUGUUAAAUCAACCUUUAUAGAAUGUAACAAGAAAUUAUGUUUACUGUGGAAAAACAAGGGAAGAAAUCCUCAUUUGUUGGACAUUAAAUGGUGCACAGCACUGAUGUCUUUGGCUUUAAUAUCAGCUUUUCUGUUGUAUUAAGCUGUAAAAGGGAGCUGUAUGUAUAAGGAUAUAUCCCUGUUAAGACUAUUGUCAUCAACUUGGAAGGAAUUUUACUUUUGCCUUUAUUUUUUUAAAUGUUAAAGGGGGAAUGCUUUGAAGGGAGCUUUUUUUAAUUUUUGUAGAAAGUGUAUUUGUUGCAAUCAAAUGAGUAUUGGGCUGUAUUUAUUCAAAUCUUUUUCCAGUGUAGCUGUAUAGUUUUUUUGUAUAGUUUGGUGCCUAACUAUUUGGGACGUUUGUAAAUAUAUAUUGCCCAAAGCAUGUUAGGUGCUUUAUCUGAUUUCUGACUGGAAAAAUCAACACUAAUCAAGAACUAUUGUAGAAGUUGCCAGACCUCUUUUUGUUUAGAAUUACUGGCAAAUGUUUUAAUGCAAUGAACCUAAUGGCAUGUCAAAACUGACAAAGACAAAAUAAAAAUUAAGUUCAUUGUUUGCCACCAAUCAUAGUGUGACUGGCUGUUUUGUAAAGGCGG